AUGAAGCUAUACCUCAAUGAGAAUCCUAGAACUUUCUUCAUUACUAGCAAUAAUCACGUACUUAUUUUAAGGCACCCAUUUCCUCAGUACAAGAACGGAAGCUCCCAUCAGCAUGCAAAGAACGCAGAUGGAGAUGGUUCAAAGUCCGGUAGUGGCAACCAGCUGUCAAAUGACGUUAUAGUGGAAUUUAUGAGUAUGGAUACAGUGGAUCCAACAAAGUACAGGGAUAUCACUCCGACUAUUACUAGACAAAACAAACAAUUCCUUGGUUUCUUAGGGUUGCUAAAUGUAAAAAGUAAUAUAUAUCUAGGCUUCGUGACAAGGGAAGUCUCAAUUGCAUCACCUAAGACCGGGGAAAUGGUCAAAAAGAUUACAGAGGUUGAUUUUUACUGUUUGAAUAAUGACGAGUAUGACUAUUUGCUUAAUAGAACUUUUCAAGACGAGAACCUUACAUCGCCAUCACUGGCUUAUCCUCAAAUUCAUCAUCACCAUAAUCCGCAGGAGAAGGAGCGGGGACAUACGCCAGCUUCUUCAGUGAAAAAGCUUCUUUCUCUGGGAACUUUUUUUUAUUCUAGAGACUUUGACAUUUGUUCGAAUAUUCAAGAGAGAGGAUUUAACAAGCCUCAAGGCUUUUUGCUAGUAGCUGAUUUGCCUUAUUUCAAAAGAUUUUUAUGGAAUGGGUACAUGAACUCAGAAAUCAUAGAAUUUAGAAAUAGACUAUCACCCAAGGAGAGAUUCCAAUUUGACAAAUGUGGGUUUUUGGUCACAAUAACGAGAGGAUAUGCAAAAACAGUGAAUACCACUGUUGGAGAUGAAGAAGCUAUGCUUUCUCUUAUUUCCAAGCAAUCAUGCAUUAAAAGUGGGCCUCUUUUUGGAUGCUGGGGUUGUGACGAUAAUGGAGCUGUUUCAAAUUUUGUUGAGACUGAAAUAAUCGUUUACACUGAAAAAUACUGCUUCUCAUAUAUUAUAAUACGAGGAAACGUUCCUAUUCAUUGGGAGCUAGAAAACCAUUUUUCAAAGUCCAAAAUUAUAUCAAAGAAGCACAAGACGGUGGUAUUUUCGAGAUCAUUUGAAGCGUCUCAGCAUGCAUUCACACGCCAUUUUGACAGGCUUGUAAAUCAAUUCGGUGAUGUUCAUAUCAUAGAUUCUUUAUCUCAGGAUUACAAGUCUUACAAAGGGCAAUUGAAUGUGAAGUUUAAAGAGCAUAUCGAAUAUUUCAAUAGAAAAAAGAAAGAAGUGGCAAAGUACAAUGAAGAACUAGGAGCUUUAACGAGUUAUAAGUUGUUAUCUACCGAUAUGCCUAUAUCUACAUCCGUAAUGAAGAAGCUAGGAUAUACUGCUGCCCAGCCUUAUGACCUUAUUCCAUUGUUAGUUGACUCUGUAAUCGACUAUAGUGCAACGUUUUAUGAUUGUGGGAAAAAAUCGUUCACUGGAAAACAACUCGGAGUAUUCAGAGUCACAUCAUUUGAUUCCCUUGACAAAGCCAAUUUUAUUUCCAAAGUCAUUACUCAACUAGUAAUCGAAUUAGCGUUUAGAGACAUUGGAAUUCAAGUCAAUCAUGAACUUUUCACGAAACAUGCUAAACUUUGGGAAGAAAAUGAAGAGUUUAUAUCGAAGAUAACCAUUAAUUUUGUUUCCAACUCAGCUAAAUUACAAGCCUCGAGUACCGCAAGUAAAAACUUAUCGUCUUUGUUGCCCAAGAAAUAUUUAAGUGGAGUUGUUGAUACUAAGCCGAAUGAGACUGCUAUGUUAAAACUACUUGGAAGAUUGCAAGAUCAGGAAAGUAUCAGCUUGCAUAAUCCGAUGCAUAGCUAUGUUAUGCAUGAACUUGAAAAAAGAUCGAAAGAAUUCAGCUCGGCUAAGGAUAUUUCAAUAUUUGCAGGAACCUUUAACGUAAAUGGAUCAUGUUAUAACGGAAGCAUCAAAGAAUGGUUGUUUCCACACCUAAAAGAUAUAGCCGAAGCCUAUGAAUUGGUUGUCAUUGGAAUACAAGAGAUCGUAGAACUUAAUGCAACACAGAUGGUAAAUACUGACUCUGCUAAUCGAUAUUUCUGGGAAGAGAAGUUGCGUAAUUCAUUAAAUGAAUUGAACAUGUCUGGCAAAAGAUAUGCCUCCCUAUGGACUGGUCAAAUUGGGGGUAUUGCGUUGUUCUUGUUUGUCCAAGAACAAGAAUUGGAGAAUAUUUCCAAUGUAGAGGGAUCAUAUAAAAAGACUGGAUUGGGAGGUAUGAGUGCCAAUAAAGGUGGAGUUGCGGUUAGAUUUACUUACUCCAAUACAGAAUUAUGUUUCAUAUCAUCACAUUUAGCAGCUGGAUUGAGCAACGUUGAUGAAAGACAUCAAAACUAUAAGACUCUAGUUAAAGGUUUAAAAUUUUCUAAGAAUAGAAGAAUUAAGGAUCAUGACGCAGUAAUAUGGUUGGGUGAUUUUAAUUUUCGUAUAGAUUUACCUAACGAAUUAGUUAAAGAACUAAUUGAACGAAAAGAUUUCGCAAAGUUGUUUGAGUCUGAUCAAUUGAAUGUGCAAAUGGCAAAGGGUGAAACGUUCCCAUUUUUUGACGAGAUGGAAAUCCAGUUUCCACCGACUUAUAAAUUCGACAAUGGAACCCAAACGUACGAUACAAGUGAAAAACAAAGAAUUCCUGCUUGGACUGAUAGGAUAUUAAGUCUCUCAAGAAAUAAGAUCUUGAAGCAAAUCCUAUACAACUCAGCGCCCGAGGUGGUGUUUUCAGACCACAGACCCGUCUAUGGAAUUUUCAUGUGCUCGGUGAACAUUGUAAACGAAAAUAUGAAAGAGAGAUUACUCAAUGGUUUGUACGAAAGUUAUAGAAAAACAUUUGGCAAUGAUAUUUUUUUCACAAAACAAAACUUAUCAUUUUUACUUAACAACAACAAGGCACUCCCAGCACCAAGUUCUGAAAUCCACAAAUGGUGGCUUGAAGGAGGUAAAGCAGCAAAAAUAGAUAUUCCAAAGUUAAACAAAACAGAAGGAGAAUCAUACGUGAUCAAUCCUAAGUUGCCCGCUAAUCCAUUUGAAGUUACAGAUCAACCAGAAUUUCUCUCAAAGAGCAGCUUGCUUAAAUUAUGA